AUGUUUGGCAAGAGCGUCGGCGGUGGUGGCGACGCUGGCGACGGCGUUCCGCUCAUCACGCGCCUUCUCCUGCUCCGCGCCACGGCGCGCUUCGAACUGUCGCCGUCGGCGCCCUCGGCAGGUGAGACGGCUCCAGCGCUGCCAGAGCUGUCGAUCAUCUCGCACUACGCACAAGGGCCGCCGCUGACGUCGACGUCAUCGCCGAGGCCAGCCACAGCCACCCCGAAAGAAGCGGCACAUUUUCUGGGGGUGCAUCCCUCGCUACAUGGCGUGCUCCGCUGUCUUGCCGCUGGCCGCCUUGCACAGCGGGUAAAGCUGCGCCGGCUGCAGACCGACGUCGUGCGGACAUCUGUGAAGCUUACGCGGGCAGUAGAGCGGGCCUCCUCGGCCGAGGUCGCUCCCGCAUCCCGCAGCAGAGGCAUGGAUAGCAGCCAGCUGCAAGGUGUUGUCGCGGCUGCAGCGGCGAACUUCGUCGAGGACGUGGCAUGGUGCAGCACGGUCACGCCGCACUGCCCGCAGCUGAACCCGUGGUGCCUCCUGCCUGUCUCUGCGGAGGGCUGCUACUUGACAUUGCCAUCAUCGCAGUUCGUGCAGUGGUGCAAGCAGCAGGCAGCGCGCUGCUGUGCAGGGGACGGCACCGCGUUGUCAGUCGAGCCCGACGCUCGCGGUGGCCCGAUGCGGUACAACGACAUUGUGCACUACGCAGGCGCCGGUGAGGACGGUGGCUACGUACACGGCUACGCGUUCAUUCUGGAGGGUGACGUCUUCAGCGGCAGCAGCGUGGUGGUCGAUGCAGCAGCCGCGGCAGCUAAAGCUGCUAUGGACAGUCAGCGCCCGGACGCCGCGUUGCGUGGCGACAGCGACGAGGAGGCUAGUGUGCUUGUAUGGUGUGUGCUGAGCGAUGCGCCGGUGUUCAACUUCAUGCGUGCCCUCACGCACGAGGCGGUGGCGGCCAUGAGCAACGUCGCUCAGCGGCUAUACCGUGAGCGCGUCGCAUCUGCGGAGUCGGCUUCAGCAAGCGCCGCACUCUCCCCCGACAUCUACACAGCGCUCCUCGAUGAUGCGAUACAGAAGGAGGUUGUGCUGCCUCUGGUAAAGGAGCUGCUCCACUUUGGCUCUGCCAGCAGUCGCACGCUUCCCGGAGACACCUUCACCGUGCAGCUAGCACUCAGAAGCAGCAGUGGUGGCGCCAUAGCCUCACAUCCGCUGACGUUCUGCCGCCCCCUCGACUUGCUCUACCCCUACGCCGACGUCCCGCUGUCGCUCCUCUUGCUGAGCUUCAACGAAGACGCCUUGCGCGUGUUGCUGUCGCUGCUGAUGCAAGAGGAGCGGGUUGUGGUGCUCGGCGCCACUCCGCAGCACGCGUCCGCGUGUGUCGUCAGCUUGCUGGCGCUGAUGAGCCCGCUCACGUGGGUGUCCCCGCUCGUCCCAUACCUCCCGCCGCACCUGGCCGCGGUGACUGGGCUGCUGCAGACCCUACUGAAACCCCCCUUCGCGCAGCAGCAGCAGCAGCAAGUUUCGUCGGGUAAGUCGUCUACCGCGGUGCCACCCUCGCAACGGACAGAGAGCAGCGGUUUUCUCGUCGGCAGCACCGCCGCCAUCCAGCCCUAUCUUAUCCUCCUCUCGUCUGCCUCACCGGGCAAGGCGGGCGUGAGCGUCACUGGCUACGGCGGCAGUGGCAAGCGCGCGUUGCGGGUCUGGAUUGCCGACGCUCGAACCGGCUGCGUUGGCGUGUGCCCGCAGGAGCCAGUAGCGCGGUUCUCGCGGGCCGAUUCUCCGGCAUCGACCGACCCGCCCGACGGGUCGGUGGCAACGGCGGCGGUAAGCAGCAGCGCCGUGAAUGCUUGGGCGGCUCGCGCGCACGUGGAUCUUCGCCGAAUCGCGUCGCACAGCGGCCAGGGAGACGGGUGCCGCAGCGCCACUAAUCUUUACGGCGCCGUUCGCAGCAGCCUGCGGGCCAUGGCGAAGUCGAACGUUAUGGACGCAGCCGUGCUGGACCUCUUGCCUGCCUUCAGCGACAACCUGCGAGACCAGCUGCGCCGCGUGGUGAGCGCUCAUAAGCGCCGUCUCUUCCGGCACAGCCUGGAGGCGGUGGCGCAGCACACGCAGGCCCGACUGAAGGAUCUUGAGUCGCUGGCGGCGCGCCUGGCACGAGGACUGCGACAGGCAAUCAUGACCGCCGGCGCCGGCAGCAACAUGUCCUUCGAGAGCACGUUCAGCAACACCUUGGCAAACCGUAGCCUCGACAGCGACACCGAAGAUGGCAACGGUGAACUCACAGCGAUGCGCACCGGCGAUGACGACGGUGACGACACCGCGUCGCUGCGCUCCAUCGCGGAGGCCCUCGCACGAUCCUUCUCCAAGUCUUUCGCUGGUGGACCUGCGUCGUUAACGAUGUCCUUCGCUGCUGCCCCCGUCCCGCAGUUCCCGUCGCUAUCCCUCGAUGAGGUUUGGCAGGUGCAAGGUGGUGUGUUCGACUACAUGGUGAGUCGUUUCACAGGGGCGUACCGCCGAGGGUUGUCCACGACGACCCUCGGCAGCGGCGGCGCUGGCGGAGGUGGACAGCGUCGCGCCCCGGCCAUUGAAUGGCCUCUGUUCUUGGUGCCCGGUAUGGACCAGCACCAAGCACUGGCAGAGCGCGUCGCCCACACGCACAUUUUUAAGCAGUUCGAGUGCGCGGUCUUGGCCGCGGAGCAGGUGGGGCUGCGUCGCGUCUUCUCCGGCGCUGCUCCAGCGCGCGUGGGCAAGGCGCAGGCACCUCAGCAUCACGGCAGAGGCGAGGAAGGUCAUCCCCUCCUGGCCAACGUCCGCUACCUGGCGCUCUUUGCCCUCCAGUGUAGUCGUGCGCGUCUACACUACGCGGAGCUGUACACCGACCUGGCCUCCGUGGACGCGGUUGGGCUCGUGUACACCUCUCUGGUCACGCGGUGGUUCGCGGACCGACCGGGUCCCUCGUCGUCGAUGGGGGUGCCGCGUGCCAUCCGACUUCUCGCGGGCGGCUGCAACGGCGCCGUGGAAGGUGCGGUUGCCGCCGCAAAGCAUGCCGCCUACAGUGGGAGUGGUUCUGGGGUGUACGGCAGCAGCAGCAACGAUGGCGAUGGCAGUGGCGGCGGCAGUGGUGGUGGUGGCGGUAGUGGCUUGCGUGGAUUCUUUUCGAAGGUCGCGAAGGCGAUGAAGCAUGGCUACGGCGGCAACGGACGCGCGCGUGGACUGCACACGGCUUACCUCCCCGCCGCCAUCGCCUGCCGGCACACCUUUAGCGUUCCGCUCUUUUCGGAGCUGCGAGUGGCCCGACAGUUAUUUGCCGUCACAUCACACUUGGAGAAAACCUCGAUGGAGAGCAGCAGCGGAGAAGCAGGUGGUGCUGCUGCUGACUGUCGCGGCCACCAUCACCACCGUCACCGCAACGCACAAGCCUUCCUCAAGACCUGUAUGCCACCACCGCAGCGGAUCAAGUAUGCCCGGCAACAGGAGCUGCAGCAGCACAUCGCACUCGACACGGACUUCACGCUGCAUGACUGUGUCAGCGUCGUGCGAGUGGCAGGUCUUGGCAGUGGCGACCACAGCGUCCCUGAGACCGGCUUCUACAGCGGAGAAAGAGCGUAUGGGAGGGGGCUGGGGAUCGAGUCGGAGAUGUUCGACCCCGUCGCCCGCGCUGGCGCCGACUCGAAUGGCAGGCGGGAUAAGACCAGCAUCAGCGCCGAUGCACAGCAGCGUGAUCGAGAUCUGCAAGCGAUGUCGGAAGCGUCUCUCUACAUCUGCCAUGCCCUGCCGCUCGACAUGGUGCACAGGUUCGAUGCGUACGAGCCGCUGCUGCGCCCUGUCGCAUCAGGCGGCGCCGAAACCUCCCCAGCAAGCGCCGGUCAGGACGCUCUGGACGCCGGGUCCGCGGCGGCCUACUUGCUAGUGGGGCUCCUGUUCCCGUCGUGCCUGAACGUGUGGCAUGAGGUUGAGGCUCGUGCGAUGCGCGCCGUGUCGGAGCAGUCGCUCUCGCAAGUAGCAAAUCCACCCGCGUCUGCUGCGUCGUCUUCCGCCUCGUCUGCGCAGUCGCGACUGCUGCCACCAUCGAGAGCCGAGACGCCUGCAGAGACAUCGGUCCCACAAGACUCUCGGUAUUCGUUUUCCGCGCCAGCGCAGGCAGCAGCCCCGCUGCUGUCGGUGUGGAGCGCCUUCACCAGCGGCGCCCCGCAGGACUAUCCCUCUGUAAGCUCUCUCCUGCCGGAUCGAAGCCUUGGUGGAGAUGCGCAGCAACACCAAGCGCCGCCCAUGUACGCCUCUACGGCAGCCUUGACGUCGUGCCACCGCGACGUGUGGGACUCGUGGGGCUUCCAGGCACCAUCGGCGAUGGUGAGCGUGCAGCUAACCCCAGUGCAAGGGACGGCAGCUGAGAGACCACAGACACAGGUCGCCGACAGCGGCGGCAGUGGCAAUGAGGGCGGCGUGUGGAGUACCGGCGCACCACUUGGGCCUCCAAUGAUGCUAGGUGGGAUGGAAACAACACAACCAUGCAUCAGCGUCGCAUGCUCGCCGACUCCCGCUGCCGCCGUGGCGUCGGCACCUCGCGGCGUAAUGGACAACCUCUUCGCCGACACGCCGACGCACUCGAUGGGGUACGCAGCAGCAGCGGCAGCGGGGAAUGUCAGCCAGCAGCAGCCGCCGGUGCCUUCUCGACCGCAUACCCUUGACAACUUCUUCUAA